GCGGGCAAGGGGAGGAGGCGACCCGCAGGGCACCGCGCGCACCGCACAGCCGCGGCUCCUGCUGUCUGCGUGGCGAUGGGCGCGGUCCGCGUCCCUCCCGCCGCGGUCCAGCCCCGAGAACCCAUCAGAGACCUGGAGACCACGCGCGUCCCACCCACAGCAGCGGGCUCGGCGCUUCUCAGCGGCCGGGGACCCCGCGAGGGCCCAGUUUGACUGCCCUCUAGUGGUGAACCGGAAUCCACACGUUGUACGACCUGAGAUGCCCAUCUUGAUCACGUGGUACCCGCUGGCGGCAAGGGUUCCUGCUGAAGAGUGUCUGGUGUUCAAAUAUGACUGAUGAAGGAGCCUAAUGAAAGAACCUGCACUUCUACCCAGAUCCCCUUUUCACCUUGGAUCUGGAGUCUAGAAGCAGCUCUGGGAUGGGGCCUCUGAAGGGAAGACGUGAGUCGUGUCCACAUCCUUGCCAGGGAGUAACCAAGACCGCGUAGGUGCCCACAGAGGGAGCAUGUGGUGACAUGGAGCUGGAAAUCAACUGCUCUGAAUUUUGUGACAGUUUCCCUGGCCAGGAGCUGGAUCGGAGACCCCUUCAUGAUCUUUGCAAGACAACCAUUACUGAUUCACAGCCCAGCAGCGCAGACAUCUCUCCCCUGUCUCCCACCCUCUUGGGUGUUGUUUGGACUUUCCUCAGCUGUGGACUACUUCUGGGGCUCUUCUUUUUCGCUUUCACAAUUCGCUGCAGGAAGAACAGGAUUGUGAAGAUGUCCAGCCCCAAUCUGAACAUUGUGACCCUACUGGGCAGUUGUCUGACUUACAGUAGUGCUUACCUUUUUGGGAUUCAAGAUGCUUUUGUGGGGAAUUCAAUGGAAGCACUCAUUCAGACGAGACUGUCCUUGCUGUGCAUCGGGACGUCCCUUGUGUUUGGCCCUAUUCUGGGGAAGAGCUGGCGACUCUACAAGGUGUUUACCCAGAGGGUCCCGGACAAGAGAGUGAUUAUCAAAGACCUGCAGUUACUGGGCUUGGUAGCAGCCCUGGUGGUGGCUGAUGUCAUCCUGCUUGUGACCUGGGUGCUGACUGAUCCCAUCCGGUGCCUCCAAAUCCUUGGUGUCAGCGUGAAGGUGACAGGGAGAGAUGUGUCCUGCUCGCUGACCAACACACACUUCUGUGCUUCGAGGUACUCCGAUGUCUGGAUUGCUCUGGUUUUGGGAUGCAAGGGGCUGCUGCUGCUGUAUGGUGCUUACCUGGCCGGCCUGACCAACCAUGUCAGCUCUCCUCCAGUGAACCAGUCCUUGACCGUCAUGGUCGGAGUCAACCUCCUGUUACUCACGGCCGGGCUAAUUUUCGUGCUCACCAGAUACUUGCACUCCUGGCCUAAUCUAGUCUUUGGACUCACCUCUGGAGGGAUCUUCAUUUGCACAACCACCGUGAACUGCUGUGUGUUCCUCCCCCAGCUGAAGCAAUGGAAGGCAUUUGAAGGAGAAAAUCAAACCUUCAGACGAAUGGCCAAAUAUUUCAGCAGCCCUAGCAAAAGCCUCCACAGCCAAGCUGAUGAGGACCAGAACUGCCACUUGAGGGACGAGAAGAGCUGCAUGGAGAGGCUCCUCACAGAAAAAAACGCAGUAAUUGAAAGCCUGCAAGAACAAGUCAACAACGCCAAGGAGAAGCUAGUGAAGCUGAUGUCUUCCGAGUGCACCUAUGACUCCCCAGAGUGGGCUGCUGCAGCCUCUGCCCAUGGGCUGGCAGAUGAGGGACCUUCAGAGCACCCUGCUGCCUCUGAGAAUGCUGUUAGUGUAGCAGCUGCUGAGGACUCCCUACACGCCUCGGUGGCCUCCCAGCAAAAGCAGAGCCCUGGGGCAUCUAAAAGGGACACCAGUCCCUCCCCAGACCAAAAGGACAACGUGACUUUGAAACAGUUUUGUGAUCAUGCAGACACGGGUUGCAGCCGGAAGCCACAGGCUGAACAAUGCGAGGAUCCAGAAAGGGGAGACCAGGGACCCAUGGCCCCCAGGCAGAGUUUCGUGGCAGAUGGAGUGGGCUGUGAAUCCCAUAGGCCCAAGCAGAGGAACUCAGAGGAACUCCCAGAGAGGCUACCUCGGGUCAGUUCAGUGGUCAGGGAGAAGCUUCAGGAAGUCCUCCAAGAGCUGGACCUGGGUGCCGAGGCUCCCCUUACCCCACUACCUUGUUCCCAGCAGCUUCGGAAGAGCACCGCUUCCUGCAGCCCCCGGAAGUUGUCCCCAUCUAAACUGGGUUUCAGCCCAUACGUGGUGAGGAGGCGACGGGCAGCCCAGCGGGCUCGCUUCCACUUCCCUGGCUCUGUGGCCCUCAAUAUGGGGCAUCAGGCAAAUAGGACGGCUGUCUCUGGUGCACAAAGCGGGCUGGUUGUGCAGAGCCGGGACAGCCUUACGCUGGACCACCAAAAUGCAAGGUCCAAGAUACCAAGGUCCUCUUCCGUAAUACCGUCACCGCUCUCAGAUCCUCAUCGGAGACGGAGUACCCUGGAGGGUAGCAAACGAGGCCAGUCCGAGCCUCAGGGGGCCGGUCUCACUGCUGUUCCAUGCCUACCCUCUUCACCAGGUCUGCCCAGGCAGCGUCAGCCUCGACUCCUAACGUCCCCUGGCUGUCCUUCCUCUUCUUCUGGCUGCUACAACCUUGACAGUGAGUCCAGCAGCUCAGAUGAGUUUUUCUGCCGCUGCCACAGGCCCUACUGUGAACUCUGCUUCCAGAGCUCUUUGGACUCCAGUGACAGUGAUACAUCAGAUAGCGACCUUGAGCAAGCUCAAGGACUAGCAUCCUGGGAAAAGAUGUGGGCCCGCUCCAAGCCUGUUGUGAACUUCAAAGAUGACUUGAAGCCCACACUAGUGUGAGAAGCAGUGGGGCUGGACACAGAGCUCAGUCUGGGUCCCACAGAAACAGGGAUCACGGGAAGAGAGCCAGAGCUCAGUCUUUGAGGACCAGAUCAGCACCAUGCCUUGACCAGCCUCGACUGUGUUUCUGCUGUGUUCAUUCUUACUUUGAGGACUUUUUGAUCUAUGAAUGGAAGGGCAUUGCCCAUCCGGCUACUACCUCAGCAUUACUGUGAGGAGCUCUGGUGAGGGACUGAGGUGCUACAUGAGCAGGCAGAGUUGUCCAUUCAGCUCCGCCUGUAUUCUAUGAAACUCUGAAUGUAUACCAAGUGGCUAGCUAGCUGGAUGGACAGAAAGAUGGGGAAAUGGGUGGGAGAAUUCUGCAGAACCACUGUGACCCAUCAAACUAGCAUUUCAGUGAGCAGACCUGCCAGGUAAAUAAGCCUACACCUUUAUCCCUCCAACUCAUGGGAAGAGUGACCUGCUUUCUGCUGAUGGCGGUAAGCAUCACUCUUCGGGGUUCCAACUUACGGUUCAAGUCAGACCAGCACUUCCUACUCCAUUUCUUCUUGUCCACCCGCCAUCAUGACACUUACCAUGAUCCCCAACAGUUUCCUAACAUGUAUGUGCUCACAGGCUUCUCGGGUUGCUUUCCUGGGCUCAAUAGUCCCUGGACCCUGUCCCCUGCUCUCUCUCAGUAGCACAGUGUUCUACUGAAGCACAUUGCACAUGGGUUUGGAGACUUGCUGGUCAAGAAGUACUUUGAGUGUGAUUGAGGUUCCAUGACCACCAAAGAUACAUAAACCUAGAAACAAAAAUGGGGGAAUAGAAAAGAAGAAAUGAAGGGCCAGGCAUGGUGGCGCACACC